ACUGUGCUUUCGUUCGACAUUUCUCCACCGUACCGCUACUCGAUAAAUGGAACAAACACUGCUAUGGCAAUGGCGGGGUCUCGUCAUGGCAGCGCCGCACUAUCCAGUCAAUCAUUUGCAACUGGUAGCGCCGUAUCUAUGGAGAUGCAUAUGUAGAUCCCAUCCCACCACAACAUCGAUUCUUAGGGGGCCCAAGUAUUCUUUAUUUAAUUAGCAUCUGAGGUCACCCAAUUAGGGGACAAGCAAUAAAAAUUGAUAGCUUGAUAUAAACAUCCAUAUAAAUUUUCGUUGAUUAAUAUUUGGUUUGGUUAAGUUUUGAUUUCCACUAAACAUUAAAAUUGAAUUUUCAAGUUUUUGUUUUUCGAAUGGACGUAAACACACAUCACAAUUAGUUACACAGAGAUCUAAACGAGAUUGGUUUCAGUUUUCGGUGGAUAUAUACUUAUGAGAGUUGCUGUUCUUCUGCUGUUCGUUGGCUGCCAGAACCACCUGCCUUUGAUUUACUCAGCCAGAUUGGUAACAAGUUCUGGCUCUAAUUACUUUCGGCGCAGACGUCGCGUUGUUCGCUAAUUAGUCGAACAUGCAAAAGCAGGAAACCCACCGACAGCACGUGCUUUUUCUCACCUUCCAUCUUUCAUCUUUGAUCUUCUCUUUUAUGUAAAAUUCUGUCGUAAAAUCGAAGAGGUAUGGUAUACGCUGUCCAGAGCCCAAGCGGACAGCACGAAAAGCGGCAGAAUGAAUCUCAUGUGAGUGAUUUGACCUACAAUUUACGGAUUUGCCCACACAUACAUAGGAUAUACAAUUAAAGUAUUCAACUUUUUUAUAGAAUGAUUCUUUCGAUGCUUUUGCUGGCUGUGGAAAGUGGGCGGGCCAUGAGCGCCAAUCUCACGUCCUGGCAUCAUCACCGGAGGCAGAAACGCUUCCUGAUCUACCAAAAUGGAGGAGUUAUCAAGCUGGUCACUGGAUGCGCAUUUCCGGUUCCGUUUCAAGAGAAGAAGGCCUGGCGCCAGCUGGUCUGGCUGAUGAAUUUCCAUUAUCAAUUCAACGAGCCGCAGACACCAAUUUAUUGGUGGAAUCUUUGGAGCAGUGCUCGUGAGCUAAAAGGUGCUAAUCCUCCUGCCGCUUUGCCUAUUGUGGAUGAGCCGCAGCUUCUGCUGUUCAAGUUUGCCGAGAACUAUAUGUCGCAGAUUGGGCAGAAUGGAACGGCUUGUCUGGAGCGUCUGAUCUGCGAAAAUGGACAAGUACACGAGCACAGUGGCCUCUAUGCCCAGCUGUUGCACAGACUGCUGAGACCCCAUCGAACGCUGGACGAACGAUAUCUGGAUGCCUAUAGAAUGGGACGACACGGAGUGAAUUGUCGCCGAGCAUAUCCGCAGGCGUCGCACUGUCUCCUUGACGACUAUAUCCACCUGCAUGAGCGAGGACCAAUGCAGAGUUUUGUUUAAGCUUAGAGUAAGAGUAUGUAGGCGCUGGUUGCCAGUAGAACACACAACAUUUACACAACUAAUUAAAGGUACAAUAGUAUCUAAACAAUUCUACAUGUACGUAUAUGAGUGCAUUUGUACAACAUUUAGGCGGACGUUCCAU